AUUCCAACGCCCAUCAUGGACGCUAGCAACAACGACACUCUUUUUGACUUUUCCCAAGUUCUAGAGCCGGCGGAUUACGCCAGCCUGCCUUCGCUAGAUUUUGACCCAUCCACUCUCCAGUCCCUUGCCGACGCUACCAAUGGCUCGUCCUUAUCCGCCCCCCAGGCGAACAUGCAAGCUUUGGGGUACCCGGAGAUGACGGGCAAUGGUUGCCAGGUGUCUGCAUCUGACUCCUCCAAUGAAGACCUCAAACGUGUCUUGCAAACCAUUUCACUGCGACUGGAAGAUCUGGAGAGGACUGUCACAGCUGGCAACUACCAACUAAACCAGAUUUCGUUCAAUAUAGAUAGAGCGCUGCCAAAACUUCUUAGCGCUGUGGAGGAUUUUCAAAAGAGUAUCGAAAGUCUCCGGAAGAGCUUGAGGGUGUUCACUCGUGAGCUGGUGAACCAUUUGCUUGGAUGGAGCGUCGAGGACGACGACGUUGAAACGGGGCUGGUCACUUGA